AUGAUUGAUGAGGAUGAAACAGCUGGUAAGACUCCAGAAGAAUGUCGUGAUUGUGGUCUUUGGGAAGUGGAUCCUGUUUAUUAUUCACUCAAUGGUAACAAUAAAAGCGAUGCAUCGAAGAAUAAGCGCGGUAAGGCUUACAAAGGUCGUCGAGACAGCGAAUACAAAUGCUUCGAAGCUCAUGAUGGCAUAUUGUAUCGACCAGGCGACCACGUCUUCAUUGAGGUCUCCCAGUGUGAGCCAUACUUCAUCGGAACGAUCUCCAACUUUAAAAUGACCAAAAGGGAUCAACUCUCAGUGAAAGUGACGCGUUUCUAUCGACCCGAAGACGUUCCAGAGGACAGUUAUUCACUGUUGCUUCAAGAUCGUAAAGACGACAUCACUCUCAACCAUAGGGUUUUGGAUGCCUUGCAGCAUAGGGAAUUAUUCUCAUCCGAAAUACCAUUCGUGCACUCCAUUUGUAAUUUGAGGUGA